CCAGUUGUGGACAAAGCGAAUCCUUGUUCGGCUUUCUGACAGUCAGUUCCGAAACGCUAAAGAGGGAGCUGAGGUGCCCUUUCUUUUCUCUUGAGCCUUCAGACUACUAGGCUGCGCCGCUUGGAGGCACCACGCCCUACGUAUACUCGCCGCCUCCUCCCACUUCUUUCCGCUCCAUAUCACGUUUAGGUGGUCGCCCUCGAAUGCGGCCUGGGGUCUGUGAAAAGUCUCUGUUUUGUCCUAAGAGCGGGCUUCCCCAAAGUGAGCAGACGUUAGAAAACCCCAGAGUGGUGCGUGGCUGUGGAUAACUCCCUUCCCGGCUGAGUGCUCCCUAAAGAGUGGAAGAGGCUGAGAUUUGAAGCCAGAGGACAUUGGUUCUAGUCCGCGUGUUGCUCUUAGGCAGCAGGAUUUCAAAACCUCUGAGCCUGUUUCCCUGCUUGAAAAAUUGUGAAACCCACCUCAGGCCUCCUGCAGUGUUAGGCACUUCCCUCUGCAGGCUUCCGUAGUAUCCCUGACAUUCCUAGGGUACCAAACACCUUUUUUGUGCCUGACUUCCCCUCCAAACUGCCCUGGAAGACAGCAGUCUCAUCACUCACAGGGUCUGUGAUAUGCGUAGCACAAGGCUUAAUUCAGGUAUAUUGUAGUACCUAGAAAGCCUUCAGCUGGAUUCUGGAGGUGAGAGGGGCUUAUGGGCCUUGCUGCUUUCCGAAGGCUCUUGAGCAGUAAACAGUGAAAGCAACCGUGGAUUUGAAAAAGCGUGGCCUCUACUUAGUACCUGAGGUGUCAUUUUAGUUUGAUCAUAAUCCUUUGCUGUAGUAGGAAGCCUUACCAAUACAGAUAGAUACCAAAGCUUAUGAUCAUCUAGGUCUAAAUAGCAAAGAAACAGGGGCCUGGGAUCCUUACCCAGUAACAGCUAACACUUAAUGAACAUCUAUGAGUUAUUCUGCUUUGUGCUUUAUAAAGAAUAUCAUGUUUAAUCUUACAAUAAUCCUAUAAAUUGGUUAGUAUUGUCAGAUGGGGAAUCUGAAUCAUCUAGUUAAGUUGCAUGAUAAACAAGGCCCAGGUUUCAGUUCAAGCCUGUGUAACUUCAGAUACUUAACUAUCUGUGAUUGUCUGCAUUUAACCUCUAAAUCUGAACAAUUUGCUGCUUUUCAUCUUUUUUGGGGGGGCGGGUCACUAGAGUGGACUAAUGAGAACUGUUGGUAUGUCAUACAACCCUCUGAAAUAUAUUUUUUCACUAUAUACACUGUUCCUCGCCCCCCUGCCCCACCCUCUGCCCAUAGCUUUAUGCUCCUUGCUCCUGUAGUACCAGAUUUUUUACAUUCAUUAGCUCAGCCAUCAUAUACUUUCUUCCUUAUACUCACUCUUGUAGUGCGGCAGCUCAAAUAAUUUACUGCUCGUAUUGGAUGUACAGUAACUUUUGAAACAGCGUCUCUAAAAUGGUAAGUCACUGUGGGAAUAGUGAAUUAAUGAAUUGCUAAUUAAAACGUGUGUGAAUAAGAAGGUAAAUGAAAAACAGCUUUGAAAAAGGAUUCAGGGGCAGUGAAUUGAAGAGACAGAAAAAAGCAAUUAGGGAUGCGGUGGCAAUUAGAACUCCGCAGGUAGGGAUAUCUCCUUCCCUCCUCCAAUUAGGGUAAUAGGAAGCAGCAUCCAUCAGAAUCAGAAAUAAAUGGAGAAGCUCAGGAAGAACCUGAACCAACUUGAUCUGGAGAAAGAGGGGGCGGAUGAAGGUGGAAGGCAAAACAAGGACCCGAACAAACUGCCCCAGGAUAUUGCGCUGCGCCUGGGCGCACUGCGGCCGGAUGGAGCGCUUGGUCCGUGUUCCCUACAGCUUGUACCCGGGCUAUGGGAACACGCUGCCUUUGGGCCAGCCUGGACUCUCUGAGCACAAACAGCCCGACUGGAGGCACAACAACGGCCCCCCGGCUUUCCUGGCCAGGCCGGGGCUGCUGGUGCCCUCCAACGCCUCCGACUACUGCGCGGACCCUUACAAGAGGGCCCAGCUUAAGGCCAUUCUCUCCCAGAUGAACCCCAGCCUGAGCCUGCGUCUGUGCAAGGCCGACACCAAGGAGGUGGGCGUGCAGGUGAGCCCCCGGGUGGACAAGUCCGUGCAGUGCUCACUGGGGCCUCGCACCUUGCACAGCCGCUCCCCCUGGGGCAGCACGGGGCACAAGGCGCCCCUGUCAUCCUGGGGAGUCUUUUCGCCAGUGAUGGGCCGCAGGGGCCUGGUGCGGCUGCAGAAGGUUGGGGAAGACGAGGAGAGGAAGGCGCUUUCGGGUCCUCCCGAGGCCGGCCAGCCGCCGCCGCCAACACCAAGGUCGGAGGAGGAUCAGCCGGAGGAACUCCGGCAACUGGAAGAGUUGGGGGAGGAAGAUGCCUCAAGUCCUCGGGAAAGGAAGAGCAAGCAAGCUCCGGGAGACGCCAGCGAGCCGCUCCGGAAGCCCACCUUCCAGUUUUUAGAACCAAAAUAUGGCUAUUUUCACUGUAAAGAUUGUAAGACGAGAUGGGAGAGUGCUUAUGUGUGGUGCAUUUCUGGAACUAAUAAGGUUUAUUUCAAACAACUCUGUUGCAAAUGCCAAAAGAGUUUUAACCCUUAUCGAGUAGAAGCAAUCCAAUGCCAGCUUGCUCACUGUACAAGCUAUAGGACUGAAGCCCUCGGGGACUGUCUUCACACAGAUGCCGAUUAAAUACAACUCUGCACUCCAGCCCCAGGUUCAAAAUGCAAGGAGCCAUGUGGAGGACAGGCUCUUGGUGCUCCAACCAGGCAUAAGGACUGUGCCACUGAGGUGCAAGAGCUAAGUUCCGGACACUGGUCCUCAGGAGACCUCCCAGCUCCAUGUAAUAUCAAACGGCAAAAAUCUCCCAGAGAUCUCCAUCUCAACGCCAAGACCCAGCUCCACUCAAGGAGCAGCAAGCUACAGUGCUGGACACCCUAUGCCAAACAACUAGCAAGACAGCAACACAACCCCAUCCACUAGCACAGAGGCUGCCUAAAAUCAUAAUAAGGCUACAGCCACCCCAAAACACACCACCGGACGUGGACCUGCCCACCAGAAAGACAAGAUCCAGCCUCAUCCACCAGAACACAGGCACUAGUCCCCUCCACCAGGAAGCCUACACAACCCACUGAACCAACCUUAGCCACAGGGGACAGACACACAAAAAAACAACGGAAACUACGAACCUGCAGCCUGUGAAAAGGAGACCCCAUAUACACUAAGUUAAACAAAAUGCAAAGACAGAGAAACAGCAGAUGAAGGAACAAGACAGAAGCCCACCAGACCUAACAAAUGAAGAGGAAAUAGGCAGUCUCCCUGAAAAAGAAUUCAGAAAAAUGAUAGUAAAGAUGAUCCAAAAUCUUGGAAAUAGAAUGGAGAAAAUACAAGAAAUGUUUAACAAGGACCUGGAAGAACUAAAGAGCAAACAAACAAUGAUAAACAGCACAAUAAACGAAAUUAAAAAUUCUCUAGAAGGGAUCAAUAGCAGAAUAACUGAGGCAGAAGAACAGAUAAGUGACUUGGAAGAUAAAAUAGUGGAAAUAACUACCGCAGAGCAGAAUAAAGAAAAAAGAAUAAAAAGAAUAGAGGACAGUCUCAGAGACCUUUGGGACAACAUUAAACACACCAACA